AUGAAAAAAAUUUUAAAACAAUUAUAUAUUUUUGGUUAAAAAAAUAUAAUGAGUGAAGAAGAGUAAUAAUAAUAAUAAUCUGGAAGUGGAAGAAAGGAAGAAACAGCAACAAAACACAGAAGAAAGAAAGAGGAGAUAGAGAAGGAUUUCAUAUGUGGAGAUCCGAAUUGUGGAAGAAAGUAUGGAACAAAUGCUGCAUUAUAUACUCAUAUAAAAAAUAAACAUAAUGGUGUACCACCUGUAAUGGAUUUAGAUUUUAUUUAGAUAGAAUGGGACAGUAAAACCUUCAACUUCAAAAAAGACAAAGGAAUAAACUCCAAUAAUAGAGUAAGUGGAUGAUGAAUUAAGUAAAUCAGUAGCUACAAUGAAUGAUCCUGAUUUUAUGAAGUUCACAAUAAUGAUUAGUAAUUUGGGUCAUUUUAAUGAUAAAAAUAUAAUUGUAAGAGAUGCAUAAGAGCCUUGUUUUUAAUUGGAGGAAGAAAAGUUAUUAGAUUUGUAUGAAAAAGUAAUAUAAAAAUAAAGGAUGUUAGAUUUUGAAAGGAAGUAGAUUGAUUUCAGAAACACAAGGAAAUUCUGUUUUUACUAAGAAAGCUGAAAUGUAUUUGAAAUUUUCUUCUCCUAUUUGGAAAAAGCACAUAAUAAAUGAAUUAUAUACUGUUUUGAUAUACGCAUAUAUAUUUAGAGGAGAGAAUUUUGAUAGUAAGAAAUAAUUUUUAUGAUUAGCUAUUGAAAAGGAUAUAACUAAUAAUUUAGCUAGCUAUAAAUUGUUUUCUGAAUUGAUAAAAUAGGAUAAGGUGGAUUAAUUUAGGGAAGUAUACACUACAAUCUGGAAUUUUAUCAUUUGA